GUCACUACAGCACAGUGUACUCUUGCACUCUUUGGAGUGCAAUCUCUGGAAGUCAUAUGAGGUUUAAGACCUAAGUUAGCUCCGUCGACUAUUUUUAGUUUUUUAAAUUUAUUCCAGUGGGUUAAAUCGAUUACUUGACGCUGUGGGAGUUUAUUUUACCGUUGAAUUCGGGGUGUGUGACAACCUCUCAACAACAGCAGCAGCAUCACAACAACAAGAGCCCUACUUCCGGUUUCAGACUCCAGCAUCAUAUGAGGGAUUUGCUUUAUCAGCAGGUCAGUGGUUUCAUUUGGCUUUUGUUGAAUAAUAAUAGUCCACUCUGCUGCUGUUUUCCUGCCUGCCUGCAGCCGAAAACAGAGAACAAUCAGCGGGCUGUCACAAGUCGGCUCCGCGAAAGGUUUUAGUAUGAGCGACGGAGAGGUGUUUCACGAGAAGCAGCGCUUGGAGCUGUGCGCCAUACAUGCGCUGAACAACGUGCUCCAGGAGCGGGUGUUUACCAAGGAGACAGCCGAUGACAUCUGUAAACGGUUAGCUCCACAGUGUGUGGUAAACCCCCAUCGGUCAGUAUUAGGCACAGGAAACUAUGACGUUAACGUGAUCAUGGCAGCACUACAGAGCAGAGACCUGGCCGCCGUGUGGUGGGACAAACGCAGGUCGGUUCAGAGUCUCUGCAUGUCAAAGGUCCAGGGUUUUAUUCUCAACGUUCCCUCUCGAGUGUCUCUGGGCAUCGUGUCUCUCCCGCUCCGGCGGCGGCACUGGCUGGCGGUCCGGCAAGUUAACGGACAGUACUACAAUCUGGACUCCAAACUGAAGGGUCCCGCCUGCAUCGGGGAAGAAGCACAGCUACGAGCAUUUCUCAGCGAGCAGCUGUCCCAGGAAGUGGCAGAGAUGCUCCUGGUGGUCAGGCGGGACGUGGAGGAGGACGGGUCAUGGCUAAACCCCGACAGCCCAAACAAUUGAACCAUUUUGUAUCAAAAACAAAACUCCUCGGGGAAAAUUACAACUUUUGUUGUUUUUUAACACUUCAUUAAAGAAAAGUAUUCAGGGAAUGCACUAAAAUUCAUUUCAUAGACACACAAAGGAAAAUCCAAAGAGAAGCAGAGAGUGAAGUUUACUCUUGAAAUGAAGAAGUUUCUGAUUGUAACGGCUGUUGAAGCGUUCCCUCUGGUAUGACCGCGUCUUAAAACAAGGAGGAAGCUGAAGUGGGGCUUUGUUUGAGACAAAUAUGCUUAUGAGAACUGACUGAACUGUUUGCAGUUUUACUUGCAGGAUUUGUUAAUGAUUAAGCAGCCGUGUUAAUGGUACCUUAAUUACUGAAAUACGAAGGUAAUCAUGUUCUGAGGUGAUUUUCUUUGUCGUUGUCUCAGAUUUGGGUGAUUUUCGGACAUAUCAGGACGUACCGAUGAAGCAGCUGCGAUGUCUUUUUGCUCUUUGUUGUUUCUUUUCUAUGCACUGCGGAGUGGGAUUUGUGAGGUGGAAAUGCGUUUGGUUGUGCUUAUAAAGGCACACAUGUGCCAGGAUGGCUGAACUGUGAAGCAGGAUCUGCAGCUAUGAAUCAGAAAACUUUGUGACUGCCUGCUGCGUGUUUAUAUUGUCACAAUGGCGGAUCCUGUCUGCUCUGUUAACCCGAUUGACUUUGGUUGGGAUUAAAUCAAUACACAUAAACACAUCUGCUAUUCAAUUUCAGUGGAAAAAGAAAACCGUUUCUUCUAAAUGAAAGUGUUUUCUUUUGCUCUGCUGCCUCUUGUUUUCCCAGACAAGAAUCUGAAACAUCUAGAUCUCUAUGUGGGAGAACAGCUGAUUGGAUUAUUAAAUUAGUUUUUGUUGACAUUUAAGAUGUGGGAAAGAAAAUGAUUACAUUUUAGAAGACUUUCUUGUAGUUUCCGGUCUUUGCACUGAAACAUCUACCAGUUUUCUGAGACUCUGGUAUUCCUCCAGUUCCCAGAUUGUGGCAGUAUUGGUUCCUUUUCGGUUGUUUUUGUGUUAUAAUAUUGAGACUGCACAAACUACUUGGUUUUUAAGUCUUGUGAUUUUCUGCAAAUCUUUUUUGAAACUCAACAAAAUAACAACAACAACAACAAAGAAACAAACUGCAGGCACUACUAAUUACAAAGAAAUAUUUAUCCAAAUAUUAGUGAGGCUGUAUGUUUAUUUUGGAACCCUGAGAUAUAAUUUUGGCCCUUUGGUGCAUUAUUGCGUGCUCUUAAUUUUUCUUCUGAAAACGUUUUGGUUUUUAAUAAUUUUUUUUUUCCCCUGGAAAAUGUCAAAUGCCAAAAAAAGGAAACCUAAAAUAAUAAAGUACUUGCAGAUGAUAGAUCUAACCAGUAGAAAAUACCACACUGAGUGUUCAGUAAGCUCGUCAGGGGAUGAUAGUUCUUCUAAAAAGCUCCCGCAAUAGAUCAUGUCUCACUUAGGAAAAGCAGCGUCGCACAGCUUUGCAGGAUGGAAGUUAUCGAGCCAGAACAAAUUAAAAUUCUUGAGUGUUUUGCUUCAUAGUUCCCAUGAGAAUCAUCGUCAAAAUGUGCAUCUGAUGUCUUUAUUUUUCUAAUAAGACGUGACGAUGCAGGCGAGCCUUACCUGCAAUGGAGUUUGUGUUUAUUUUGAUGAAUCAUCAAAUAAAUUCAGGUCAUUUUCAGCUAUCUGUAACACAUGCAAAAACAAAACUGUUCUGUGACUGGAUGCUGUAUUUCUGUUUGUUGAACUAUGCAUACUCAAAUAAGUAGGAGCGCCGUCUCUGAUGGACACUAGUGACUAAUCCUGAACCUCUUGAGUUCCUGUUGUUGAUGCUUAUUUAUAAUAAUAAACGUGGACCUCUUGUUUUGA